AUGGCAACUAGUCGUCCUCAACCUCUGUUCUACCAAUCGUCGAAGUGUGUGGCUCUGUACUUGGAUGCUAACAUAAGAUUCCAACUAUCGCUACGAUGCCCUGGGUUCCAAACUAUCCACAAUAACCAAACAUUGAGAAUUAAUGAUCUCAAAAUGCGACCGAAUGACUUUGAGAUCAAUGGCACCGUCUAUUGUGUCAGUGUCAUCCAGAGAUACACUGACACACCAACUCCCGAAUCCGUCAAACUCCGGAAUGCCAGCGGUGGUUUUCCACAUGACGUAGAUAAGUAUGGCCUCCGUGAAGAGGGGAGGAUACAAGACGCCACAAAAGUUAAAGAGUUGGAAGAGAAAUUGAAGUUGAUGGUGGGCGAUCGUGGUUUGGAUCUUGCGAUUGAACAAAAAAAGUUGGAGAUUUCGGCAUAUCGUCUUCGAAUGAGUAAUCAAGAACCGCCAUUUACCCACGAUCUGCAACUGGCAUUGAGAAAUGGAACAGUACAGAAAGUGGAGCAUGUUGCGUAUGACAAAAAUCUCAAGUUCACCAGGGAUUACAUUCUUGGAAGGAUUUUUGGAGUAGCUAAAAGAAAAGUUCAAAUCAAGGAUUUACAUAUUGGACAUGACGAUUUUGACUUACACCAGAUGUUCUACCUCCGAAUGGCUGCUGAUGAAGAAGACCGAGAUGUGCCGCAGGAAGACGGACCGUACAAUGCAUUCCAAAUUAAACGUUGCGAAGAUCAAAUGGAACCAUUGUUGCCUGUUCCAAAAGGAAAAUUGGAAAUCGGAGAGAUGCGAGUCACUGGAAAUUUGAAAAACGCGUUGGCUAGUAUCAAGGCAAGUCUAUCAGUGAGCAAUCCCCCUUUGAAAAAGAUAACAUGUCCCUAUCAACCACUUCCGGAUGACCCGGUGCUUCAAAACACUGAAUUUUUGUGUGUCGCUGGAAUUGGAAGUCUGAAAGUGUUCAAUGGAAGACUCAAUAAUCGAAUUCAUCUGGCGGAAUGUGAUGUCAUGGCAGCGGGUGUCACGGAUCUUCUUAAUAUAUGUACGAAGGUUGGACAAUUCUACUCCAUUGGGUUCCAAUUUCAAACACCUAUUGAGGAAUUCUUCGAAAUGUUCAGAAACCUUCCAGGCGUGGAGACAGGAGAAAGCGAUGAGUCAAGAUUGUCCAUGUACCGGGAGUGUUUAAUUGUCCCGAUGACUGAUGAGAUCGAGUUAAAUACGUGGGUCGAUAAAACAAACGAUGAGGACAAGGAGUACUGCGACACUAGAUUCAUCGUGAAGGUCAUAGUACAAAAAAGAGGACACGCACAAGUCAAACAAUUUUUCUAA